UAAUAUAACGUGGUACUAUUUCACUGUAAAAACUAUAGCAACUACUAUAUAUGUGCGUGUAUAUAUUCGCCUGCCCUAAUAUAUAGGCUGUAAUAAUACAAGAAGAUAAGCAAAAGUAAUAUACGCCGUGCUCUGCUGAUGGACUGUUUUGUAGUACGGUGACAGGAAAUAAAACUAAUGUUACACAUCAAGGUCCCUUCCUAUAUAAAUAAAACAAUCCGGCCAUCCCUGGCCACAAGGCUUCAGCCACGCCGUCUUAGUCCUAGUCUCUGCAGAGAGCGUCGUUCCUGCUGCGCCGCCUUAACGCCAUUUCCAAGCCACUCGACUCGAGAGGGAGCUCGGUCUGCUGCCGAUCGACUUCACCGCCGCGAGAGGCACGGGCAGCUAAGAGAGAGAGAGAGAUGGGCAGGGCGCCGUGCUGCGACAAGGCGACGGUGAAGAAGGGGCCGUGGGCGCCGGAGGAGGACGCCGUGCUCAAGGCCUACAUCGACGAGCACGGCGCCGGCGGCAACUGGAUACAGCUCCCCCACAAGAUCGGGUUGAACAGGUGUGGCAAGAGCUGCCGGCUGCGGUGGCUCAACUACCUCCGGCCCAACAUCCGGCACGGCGGCUUCACGGAGGAGGAGGACAGGCUGAUAUGCAACCUCUACAUCAGCAUCGGGGGCAGGUGGGCAACGAUCGCCGCGCAGCUGCCGGGGAGGACGGACAACGACGUCAAGAACCACUGGAACACCAAGCUCAAGCGCCGCCUGCUCGGCGGCGGCCGGCGGCCGAGGGCAGAGGCGCGCCUCCAGCUCCUCACCACCAGCCCAUUCUGGCAGCACCGCGAUUCCUUGGCCUCGUCGGCGGCGGCGCUCGAGAGGAUGCAGGUCAGCACGCGCCUGCACCGGCGACACCAGCCUCGCCUCGACGACCCGGCGGCGGCGGCGGCGGCCUUCACCUUGUACAACAACUACGGCAGCCUCGGUGCGCCGUUAUGGCCGAGCCUGCUGUCUCCCUCUUCUUCUCCUUCGCCGGCGGCGAGUGAGACCUCGGAGAUACUGCCGCGGCAGCCACCACCCGGUACAGGAGCUAGAGUAGUGCGGCAAGAGAACAUGGAUGGCACCUGCACACCGCCGCUUUCUACUAGCACCACCGGAGAGACCAUGACGACGGCAGUAGGCGUGGAGAGCUCGAGCUCCACGCCGACAGCAAGCUCUGCCUCCGCCACGUUUGGGGGUAGUAUGGACGAUGAGAUCGACAUGUUGCUCCGGCAGAUCCAGUGCUUCGGGGAGAACGGCAGCCACAUCGGCGACGAUGGCAUAGACCACUGCUUCAGGGCAACGGACCACCACGAGACGGCGAACGGCAGCGUUGGUUCUUGGGGCUCCUGCUGCUCCACUCCUGGAGUGGAUUCAGUGUUCCAUGACUACGUGCAAGGGCACAACCAGUGCUAGAAGCUUUGCAGACAUGCACUACUAGCUAGCAGCACGUGUAAGAUAUAUACAGAUAUGUGUGAUUGAUGAAAUUUUAGUUGCGGGGACGUGUGAUAUCAUAUUAUCGUGCAUCGUUCGGUGUGUUUUCCUUUCUGAAGACUUGAAUCUGCUUGAUAUGCGUUUGUUGUCAAUGCUGGAUGGGAGUGGUACAUGUGCUUAUGUACAUAAGAGUUUUGCUAUAGCGACAUAUACACUAAUCUCCUCCAGAAAUUCAUGAUUGGAACAUCAACUCAGUAUUAUGCAGUUCUACACUCA